AUGACAGAUGCAGACAAGGAAAAGAAGAAGAAGCCCAAGAAGAAGGAGGAUGGCGGUAGCAGCAAAGGCACCUCCGAGGGAGCCUCGGGCGCGGGCCCUACCCCCGAAGCCGAGCCGACUCCCGAGAAGCAGGCGACUCCACCCAAGUCCGAGACCCCGAAGUCGCCCUCGGGCUCGUCCAGAGCCAGCCGUGGCAGCCGCAAGGCCAAGCGCACUGGCUCCAGCGUCUUCUCCAUGUUCACGCAGAAACAGGUCGCCGAGUUCAAGGAGGCCUUCCAACUGAUGGACCACGACAAGGACGGCAUCCUCGGCAAGGAGGACCUGCGGUUCAUCUUCGACCAGGUCGGCCGUCUCGUCAACGACAAGGAGCUCGACGACAUGCUCAGCGAAGCGCCCGGACCCAUCAACUUCACCCAGCUGCUCCAGUUGUUUGCCUCGCGCAUGCAGGGAGGAGGUGCUGACGACGACGAGGCCAUCAUCUCGAAGGCCUUCAACACCUUCGACGUUCACGGCCUCGGCAAGAUCGAUGGCGAGAGAUUGAGGCACUCGCUGAUGACCUUCGGCGAGAAGUUCACCGCGAAGGAAGUCAACGACGCAUACGACCACUUCUACAUCGACGACAAGGGCCAGAUCGAUAUCGAGUCGCUCGUCAACAUGUUGACCGGCAAGGGCGACGACGACGACGACUAAAUUAUCGUCGUUUCUCUUCGCGUCUCUCUCUCUCUUUCUCUCUUUCUCCAAAUAUAUUGGAAAAAAAAAAAAUAAUAACAACAUUCAAAAUCGUUUCAAUAAAUCCAGCUGACGCAAGAGCAGAUGGUGAUAGCCGCAGGCUGUGCGCCUUGCCUAUCAACAGCUACAAGAGUCACGCGCACCAUCGUCCCGUUGAAAUAAACGGGAUGGUUUUUCAAAAAAAAAUUAAAGCAUGAAAAAUAUGUUUAUUUAUAAAAGAAAGAAAAAAAAAAAAAAAAAAAAAAUUAAAAAAAAAAUUAAAAACAGAGGAUGAAUCAUUUUUCGCUCGCAAGUCCAGCGCAUUUUUGAGAAAUCGAUCGUUGAGCGGAUUCUUGGCUUUUUUUUUCUUUUCUUUAUUUGCAACAAACAACAACAACGAGUAUAUACACACAUCGAUGUAUAUGUUAUUUAUUUAAUACGCAAACACAACAAAUUUGACACUUGAA